AUGACCCACCCCGAACCCGGCCGGGCCGCCGAGUCCUUUGCCCAGACGAGUGCCGAGUUUACCCUCGACGAUAGCGACGACGAGGACCUCCGGUCUGCCGUCGGCGGGAGCGAGACGUAUGAGCUGCGCGAGAGGGACGAUAGACGCCGUGUAGGCGGCGGCGCCAGCGCGAUAUGGGAUGCCGACGCCGACGCGGAUGCCGAUGAUCCUCUCGUGGGCGGCAGCCGGCGAGCCUUGAGCCCCGGCUCCGUCGCGAGUUUCCAACUAUACACUCCCGACGAAGACCGCGCGGUGCGGCGCAAGUUUGACCGCCGGCUGGUCCUCUUUGUUGCGCUGCUAUUCAUGCUGAGCUUCCUCGACCGGUCGAAUAUCGGCAACGCUCGCAUAGCAGGCAUGGACGAGGACCUCCAGUCCGACCCCCCGCGCGACGACUGGUACGAGUGGGCGCUGACGGCAUUCUACAUCUCGUACAUUGCCUUUGAGUGGAUGUCGCUCCUGUGGAAGCUCAUCCCCGCCCACAUCUUUGUGUCCAUGGUGGUGCUGACCUGGGGCCUCACGGCGUCCCUGCAGGCCGUCGCCACGUCGUACCCUGUGCUCAUCGCCCUGAGGGCGAUGCUGGGCAUCGGCGAGGCGGGCUUCACUGGCAUUCCUUUCUAUCUUAGUUUCUUCUUUAGGCGGGAUGAACUGGCUUUCCGGACCGCCAUCUUUAUAUCUGCUGCUCCUCUUGCAACGAGCUUUGCAUCGACCCUCGCCUGGGUCAUUGUCAAGUUCGCCCAGCUAAGCCCCAUCGCCCCCUGGCGUCUCCUCUUCAUCGUCGAGGGUUUCCCUUCAGUGCUCGCCGCCGUCGCCGCCUGGAACAUCAUCCCCGACUCUCCCCAGACGGCGCCGUACCUAACCAAGCGAGAGAAGAAGGUUGCCCGUCUCCGUCUCCGCAACGAGAAGCCCGCGGCGGCAACCGAGGCAACCUCCAAGCCGUCGUCCGGCCUCCGCGCCCGGGACGUGCUCGCCGUGUUCAGUGACCCAGUCGCCUGGAUCACCAGCGCCAUGUUCUUUCUCACGAAUAUGGCCUACUCUUCCCUUCCAGUCUUCCUCCCCAAGAUCCUCACCGAGAUGGGCCACGAUACCCUCACCUCACAGGCCCUCAGCGCACCCCCUUACCUGGCUGCCUUUGUCAUUGUCCUCUUCACUGCACACAUGUCAGACCGCCUACGUGCCCGCACCGUGCCCCUUAUCUUCCAUGCUCUCGCCUCGGCGAGCGGUUAUGCCGUCCUCGCGCUGGCCAAACCCCUAAACCUACCCGCCUUUCUCCGCUACAUGGCUGUCUAUCCUGCCGCCAUUGGCUUCUUCAACGUCGUCACCCUCAUCAUCGCUUGGAGUAUUAACAACCAAUCCAGCGAGAGUCGCCAGGGUGGUGGAUUUGCUCUUCUCCAGCUCAUCGGCCAGUGUGGUCCGCUCGUGGGUACCCGUCUUUAUCCAGACCGAGAUGCUCCCUUCUACGCCCCUGGCAUGAGCACCUGCGCGGUUGCCAUGUUGACAGUCGCGGUGUUAGCCUUUGUUCUUCGUUUCUACCUGAGAUACCAGAACCGCAAGUUUGACAAGGCCGAAGAGGAAAGACGGGACAACGGGGACGAGAUCGAGGAAGAAGGUCUGGUUGGCCCUGGACGACGAAAAACAACAACAGUUGCGUUCAGGUACAUGUUGUGA